AUGAGUGAAUCCAUGUCGGCGGAAGAUGGCGCGCGGGCGGAACUCCGCUGCAGCGAAGCGGAGACGGACGAUGGGGGAGGGGAGACGGCGGAGUGCGCGGAGACACGGAAUCGAGGAAAUGCCGUAGACGGCGCAGAGGGGACGAGCGGGAGUUCGAGUGAGCAAGGCGGAUAUGACGAGUUGAUGGGGACUGGGGGGGCGGAAGCGGACGCAGAAAGCGGCGCGCGCGGAGGCGCGGAAAACGGGGGAAGAGAAAGGGGUGGAGUAGAAACAGGUGGCGGUGGUGGAGGAGAGGAAACGGCAGGGCUAGAGGGUAGAGGCAGUGAGGGAGAUGAUGAGCAUGGGAGCGAGGGGGGCUUCGACCUGGAUCUGACGUACGUGACGGACAGCAUCAUCGCCAUGGGCUUCCCUGCCGGUGACCCCAGCUCAGGCCUGCUCGGCUUCGUGGAGGGCCUGUACCGCAACCACAUGGACGAUGUGAUGCGCUUCCUGGAGUCGCGCCACAGUGGCCGCUACAAGGUCUACAACCUCUGCUCCGAACGCCUCUAUGACCCCGACCGCUUCCAUGGCACCGUGGCGUGCUUCCCAUUUGACGACGGCACGUGCCCGCCCCUCGCCCUCACACUCGCCCUCUGUGAGAGCGCCAAGGGGUGGCUCGCAGGAGGGGGGCGGUGGGGGCAGGGGGGCAGCACAGGGGCAUCUGCAGGAGGGGAGGGCGCGCAAGAAGGGCAAGCAGGGCAGGCAGGCAGCUCCAGCUCCAGCAGCAGCAGCAGAAGCGGCGAUGGCAGCAUGAGCAGCGGGGGUGGUAAUGUGGUGGUGGUGCACUGCAAGGCGGGCAUGGGGCGCACAGGCCUUGUCGUGGCGUGCCUGCUGCUCGCUCUCAAGGUGGGCACCUCGGGGGGGGGAGGGGGACGGCAGAGGUGUAGAGCGGAAAGGGAUGGGGCAAUUUUCCGCUGCGCCUCCCGCCAUUCUGACUCCCUCCACCCCCUCCUCCGCCACACCCCCUCAACACACCCCAUGCCUCGCUCCCCCAACUCCCUCUCUCCCCCCGCUCCCACACUUCCCCCACGCCCUCACUCCCCAAUGCAUGGGGCGGGCGGGUGGCGCCAGGUGUGCAGCACAGCACAGGAGGCGGUAGCGCUGUUCCGAGACAAGAGGAGUGUGGAUGGCAAGGCGCUCACCUCGCCCAGCCAACAGGUACUCCUCCCGCUCCCCCUCUCCCCCGCUCGACUCGACCCCUUUGUCUAUCCCUUCCCUCCGUGCUUUGCAGCUUGUGCCACCACACCCCGUCCAUGCCUUCGCCCCCAUGCCUUCGCCCCCAUGCCUUCGCCCCCAUGCCCUCACCCCCAUGCUCAAUUCUCCCGCCUCUCAUGUCUUUCUCUCAGUUGCCCCUUCCAUUCUGACUUUCCUUGCCUCCUCCCUCCCUCCAUCCCUCCCUCCCUCCCUCCCUCCCUCCCUCCCUCCCUCCCUCCCUCCCUCCCUCCCUCCCUCCCUCCCUCCCUCCCUCCCUCCUUCCCUCCUCCUCUCCCCCCCACGCCACACCAUCAGCGCCACGUGGCAUACUAUGAAGCCAUCCUGCGUGCCACCUCUGCCCCGGUGCCCUCACUGCCGCCCCCACGCCCCCUGGUGCUGAGGGGCAUUCGCCUGCACCGCUGCCCCUACUGGAUCCGACCAUUCAUCACCGUCUCAUCCCCCUCAGGAGUCCUCUUCUCCUCUCGCACUCAUCCCAGAACGUCCCAUCUGUCGGCGGAGCAAGCAUGGCAUGCAUCGCAGAAGCAGGGCGUGGUGCUGUUCGCGCUGCCGGGGGAGCGCUACAUCUGUGCACUCAAGGACGACUUCUGCAUCACCUUUCACGACUCCUAUGGAGACUUCUCAUGCUGGCUGCACACCAGCUUCACACAGGCGCACCAUAUGCUCAAGACCACUGACCUUGACGGAUUCGACAAG